AUGGUGAUUGAUAACCUGAGGUAUCGCCUUGCCGAGCACCCAUCAAUCGUCGGCUUCCGGUGGAGCCAUGCCCAAUCGUGGGGCUCCACGUGGGUCUUUCUCUUCACUUCCAUCGCCGCCUAUGUGUCCGCCUCCGUGCUCCUUCACCUUCUCCUCCUCCUCGUGUUCCGCCACCGCCUCCCGCUCCCUCUUGGCCAUCUCCCCGCCGUGCACUCCCUCUGCAUGGCUCUCAUCUCCAUCACCAUCUUCGCCGGUAUCCUCCUCUCCACCGCCGCGGAAAUCCGUGACACACGGUGGUCCUGGCGGCGGACCCGCACCACCCCUUUUCAGUGGCUCCUAUGCUUCCCCCUCGGCACCCGCCCCUCCGGCCGGGUCUUCUUCUGGUCAUACAUUUAUUAUCUCUCCCGGUUCCUCCACGCGCUCAGUACAUUUUUUACCAUUAUACGCGGCCGAAAACUCUCAUUCUUCAAGUUAUUCAACAAUUCUAUACUGAUUUUCACUUCAUUUUUAUGGCUGGAAUUUUCACAAUCUCUCCAAGUUCUUGCGAUUCUCCUCACGACGCUCGUUUACUCUGUGGUUUACGGGUACCGGUUCUGGACGGCGAUUGGGCUACCUAGUGCGUGCUUCCCGUUCGUCGUGAAUUGCCAAAUGGUGUUGUUGGGUUGCAAUCUUGUGUGCCAUAUUGGGAUGCUUAUGCUGCAUUUAAUCAAAGGUGGGUGCAAUGGAAUUGGAGCUUGGGGUUUCAAUUCAGUGCUUAAUGGUGCCAUUCUUCUUCUCUUCUUGAAUUUCUACGUGAAAAUGCAUAUUCGAAAUAGAAAACGAGGUGGCAGCGGCGCCGCUGCCGUGAAAGAAGCUGAGAAGGCGGAGGAACUGGUUAAAGACAAGGAUAUAUGA